UGAAAUUUUUGGUCUGUCGCUUAGGUCUGUCGUUUGUUCCUUUUUCGUAUACGCUCGCUGCGCUGCACGUGUAAUAUUUCCGAUUCUUUCGAUAUCUAAAAACAAAAAUGGAUAAACCCAAUGUUCUUGCUCGCGUCGUCAAAGUCCUGGGCCGUACUGGAUCCCAGGGUCAAUGUACUCAAGUAAAAGUGGAGUUCAUCGGUGAAACCAGCCGUCAAAUCAUCAGAAACGUGAAGGGUCCAGUCCGUGAUGGAGAUAUCCUGACACUCCUCGAGUCUGAGCGUGAAGCUAGAAGGCUGAGAUAAUCGGUAUGGACAAAUACUGUGUUUAGCUUCUCCUAGAUAAGUUCAGGAGAAUCUUCAUUAGGUUAAGUAUUAUGUAUCAAUCCAGAAUAUAAUAAUAUACAUAAAAACCUAAAA